CCAGUGUUGCUGUUCUCCAGCUGAGGCUGUUGACUGCAAUAUGGAGAUGUGCGCGAGCUGAGAAAAUAAUAUAUCUAACGGCAAUUUCACUCUCCCUUCUGACUUUCUGAUAUAAAUAGCGCGAAUAUGGCCGGCAUAAAUAAAACCGAUGGGAAGUCUAUGGUCGGGCCGUCCGUGAGCUGUUCACGCUUGCGGCAAAUUCAGGCUCUCCUGAAAGCUGAUGGUGAUACGGUUCCAGAUGGCAUCCUCUGCUCACUGGGUAUCGACAGCCGUUAUAACGAGGGCUGUAGCGAGUUGGCCAGGUACCUUUUCUUUGGUCUCUAUCAGCACAACCCGAAGCAGCUCUGUGAGGACUUUCCUGAAGAGGUGCUGGAUGAUGUGAUUCUUCUCAUAAAGGCAGAGAGUGUGCAUCUGUAUUGUAACCCUGUGAAUUAUAGCUACUUGCUUCCUUACAUCUCCCAUUGGAGGAAUCUGCACCUGCAUUGCAUGACCGAGGCAGAGUACGAGGACGAGGAAGCUGCAGAAGAGUUUAAAAUCUCCAGUUUUGUGUCUAUGGUUGAAGACUGCAGUUGCAUUGGAAUACCCUACAGCUCUCAAAGUCAUGUGCAGAAGUUUGAUAUGUUCAUGUUAGAGAUGUGGCCCAUUGUUCAAGCAUUUGCUCUGGAAGGAAUAGGAGCAGGUGGAUUCUUCACCAUGAAAUACAAGCUGACUGAUAUGAGUGAGAGUCUUUGGGAGAUUUAUUCAAGACUAGACCCGGUGUCUUUGGACUAUCUGCUCAGUGAGGAUUUGCUGUUGUUUGAGAAGCAGUGGAGCUGCUUGUUUAACACUGUGAACACAGAAAGCCCGCUGUCCAUACAGGAGAUGUCAGAAGCUCAGACUGCAGAGCCAUUCAGAACAUAUUACUCCCAUGGUCUUAUUUCAAGCAAUAUCACAGAUAAAAGUAAAAGUCGACAGCCGUAUGUGCUAUUCGGGAGCCAUUCUUCCAAAGAUGACCUGGAAAACUAUUGCUACACGUUCCCCUCUGAGGGCCACCAGGUCCGCAACACUGGGCCUUGUGGGAGUGCUGCAAAACACAUGCUGCUUCAGUGUGUGGCUCCUAAAGGUCCACUGACCUGUGCAAGAACAUACUUCUUUGGCAGUACUCAUGUUCCAUACCUGGAGAAUGAUAAUGUCACCACGCAGAAGUCAUCAGAAAUCAUGCUGCUUACAAAGAUCUACACAGCUGCUGUUCAGUCAGUGCUGGCAGGAAUAAAAUGCUUCUCCAUCAACUCCAGCUCUAGCAAGGCAAAGGAUGUAGCAGAGCAAACAUUUCAUCUGGCUUUGGAAACCUUUGGGAUGCUUCAGUACAGGAGUGCUCUCAGGUCUAAAGCAGUAUUCAGCAUUGAAGCUGUUAACAAUGCUGGCAGAGUGAUACCGCUCAGCGAUGAACACAGUCGCUUUUUCGUCAAAACUGCGUCUAUGGUAGUGCAUGAUAUUCCAGAUCUCCAGUGGGGAGGAGGGGACCUGGGAUCUGUAGUGUUCUCUGAAUCAUUCCUGGAGUCUGGGAUCUACAUUCAGCAGAGGGAUGGAGCCCUUGCUUCAAACAGCUUAUUCACUCUGCUUACAUCUUCAGUGCCUCGCUAUAUCUCCUGGAUGGUGGAUGAUACUGAUGUGAGAUUGUAUGAGCAAGCUCUCCAUUUAAUAAAGGAGGAGAAUGGGACAUGUUUAGGGGUUCCUCUAACAUCCAAACACUCAGCACAGGUGUUCUCAAACAGUUUGCUUUCUACACCUGAAGAAGGAAAGCUGGUGUUUUUCUCAGAGGGUUUAUUGAUUGUCCAUCCGCAUUAUGGCAUUAUCACUUUGUCAAAGAACCAUAUCAAAAACAUCAAAGUUUAUGAUGGGGAUUCUUUCUCUGCUGUUACCAUCCUGUUUAUUGAGUACGAGACCUCUCUUCUUCCAUAUCUUCCAUUUCCUCUACACAGCUCAGACUGUUGUCUGGCCAUCGCUCUGAUGCCCAAAACCAAGGGUUACAAAGACUUUUACUCACAGGUCCUGCAGGUUUGGAAUAAGCCUGAAUCUAAGAUCCAUGUGCAGCUUGUUGCUCAAGAACAGCUGGGUCUUGACUGCUCAAGCAUGUACUCAAGAUUGCUAAAGUUCCAUAAGGUACAAGGUUCAUUUGCAGAAAAUACCAGAGUAACUCUGAAAACUGCUUAUCCAGAUGUGCCGGAUAUAGACAGGUUUCUGAAGCACUUUGCUAUCAGUAAUAGCAUGUGUGAAGAGUCUGUAUACAGUGAACACCUAGAAGCACUAUUCCCAAACACACACCCUAAUUCAGAGUCAGAAACAAAGAUGGUCCUUUCAAUCAUUACAGGCUUACCAGGGAGCUAUAAAGAAAGUUUGUGCGAUUUUUUGGUGGAUGUGAAUCAGGAAUGUGGCAGGUGGGAGGUAUACCAUCCUGACUUGGGCUCAAAAGAUCUAUGUGUGCCACAUCUCCAGAGGUACCUGAGUAGCCUUGUGGCCAAAACAAGUGAGACAUGUUUAAAUGCACAAAGAGUGCUACUACUAACACCAGGGUACACAGAUGUAUUGGAUGUGGUUCAAGCUGUCAUAUGUCAUCCAGACCCAGCGGUUCAAAACAGAGUGUGUGUGGGGGCUGUCACAGCCUGUGUCAACCCACUAACAUCCUUCAUGGAACACAGGCUUCUCUUCCCUAAACUCCUGGAGCAGUGCAGUCACGGUGUGGUGAGUAAUGUGGUGUUUACGGGUUUGACUGAUGAGCAGAAACCUCUGUUGAAAUACAUGCAGCAGCUCAUUCGUUCAGCGAAUCCCAACGCAGCAUUUAUCUUGGCCGAGAGAGGAGCUGUGUCCAGAGCUGAAGAUAUGCGGCUGAUUCUGAGUGACAGCAGUUUUGAUCAGUCUCAGAUGAUCAGAGCUCGAUAUCUGCUCUACCCUGGCUGGUGGGAGGGAAGGUUUGUAACUGGUUGUGGAUCUUUAUCAAUGUCCCAACAAUGUGUACAGUUCAACCGUCCUCUAGAACGAGCCUCAUUUCUGCAUUGCUGCAAAGGAUUAAAGUCAUCCCUCAGAGGAAGCCCUUUCACAGGAAACAUCUAUCACAUCAUUGGGAAAGUGCUCUUCUCUGACAGUGACAGGUUGUGGGAGGUGAGCUGUAGCUCCAUCAGUGGGACUGUGACUGUGACCCUUGAUCAGGUCUCCGCCAGUAGCUCCAAAAUCACCCAAAAUUGUUACUUGCUGAUCCAUGGGGUAGGACUCACCCAGAACGGCCUCAAGGACUGGCUCAGACAGUGUGCUAAACAGAAAUCACCAAAGAAAUCGAUGAGGACGAGAAGUACUCUCACACCACAGGAGAUCAAAAAUAUCCAUAUGAAGAAGCACCUGGAACCACUUCCUUUAGGUUACUUCUAUAAUGGCCAUCAGUUUGUCAGUUUCUUUGGAGAGAAGCAGAACUUCCAUCCUUUAAUGGACCAGUUUGUAGAGGAAUAUCUGCAGGAGGCCAAUAAGGAGAUUGAGCGCUUUAACAGUGAGGUUGAUCUCUAUGCACCCAGGGAUCUUUUUGACUAGAGUUCUUCUUCUGUUCUCUUCAGCAAAGGACGGGGAUUCGCUUCAGGAUUAAUGAUGUCUCGAAUCAGCUGUUUACUAUACUGUCCACACGAUGUUAGAGGGAUAAAUAAGACACAAAGGAGGGAGGGGUUGGCCACUUCGUAAAUCUGCACCAUAAAUUCAGGGAAGAACCAGUGCCGUGUAGAUGAUGAGAGAUCUUUACCCAGCUCACUAGCAGUCUGCAUUAUUCCCUGAGAACCUUUCCUUGUGUAAAUAGCACAUUGAGCAUAUAACGGGAAGAAAAAUGUGUAUGUUAGGAAGUGGCAUGAUUUAAUGUGUAUAUUAAAAUGUAAAAAAAUGCUGCAUUCAAAAUGGUGGCAUUAUAUUACUAAGAUCAUAAUAAUUUGAGAUGAUCUUGGUGCUCUUAUACCCUUAAAUCAAGCGUCUGCACUCUAAUGCAUUAAUAUGUUCCCAUCUAUAAUACUUUCGCUUCAAGGUUUAGUAUUACCUGGUCAUAAUAUUAGCGUAACAUAUUUAGACACUAAACUUGUAGAAAGAAAUGUUAUCAGAAUGUAAAUAUUGUGAACACGCUAGUCUGGAAUUCCUUGGUUAGUCCUCGUGACACUCUAAUUACAGUGCAAUUUACACAAAAAAUGCUAGAAUCAUUAGCUAAAUGCUAAUAGAGUUUGUCAGCAGGGGCAAACUUGCAAUAGCAAGAGAUGCCUCAGAAGCCUGCAUCCAGGGGAGUGCAGAUGGGGAGACAGAUGUGAUGUUCCAUAAGUCUGUAGACUCCAGCUGUGGAGCUGUGGUGAUCAUCUCUCAUCUAUGGCACAGAUCAGACAAACAGCAGCAUCAGACAGAAGUGGCCAAACUAGAAAAUUCCACCAGAGGAGGGUUGGGGUGGAUAUGUGCUAUGGGCAAGAUGGUGAGGGAAGGGGCAUUGGUCCUUUAGAGUUUGAUGGGAAUCUGAGUUUUUAGCUGAAUGGGAGGUUGGGCUGUAGAAUUCAUUUGUGGUGUGUAGCAACAAGGUCUAACCUUGUCUCAAUUUGGGGUGAAGGCGUUCGGCGUUCUUGUAGCACCUAUUUUACAAUUCAUGUGCACAGGGGUUGAGGAGAGUCAUUUAUUAACUUUCGUUGACUAAACUGUGGUUAAUGCGUGUUUAUUAGAGCCUGCAGAGGUGAAUCUAAUGUGUCAUGUUGUUUGCAGGCAGAUUUAGCUCUUCACCUGGGGUCUCGCUCGUCUAUGCAUGUUUGCUCGAACUAAAUAUGCACCGCAGGGGAGAAGCAGUGGUAUUCUCAAAACGUGCAUUCUGAUAUUUGACCUGGCAUCUAUAAGACGAGUAUUGAAAAAAACCAAAAGUAUAGCACUUCUAGAGGAAUAUUAUAGGGGGAAAAAAGUUUGCUGUGAAAGGGGGAUGGGAAUGCACUUCCGAACAAAUUCAGACACUGCUUCUCCUCUCUGUGCUGCAAAGGUACAAUAGUGGAAUUCUAUAUAAAUAUUAGCACUCACAUAUCUCUCACUAUACCCAGUGUAAAGAGUAUAUAACAGUAGCUGUGGUCAUUGAUAUGCUCGAGAGGUGUGUUACUGUCGCUGUUGCUAUGGCGAUUUACAAUAUGGCACACUCGCCACUAUCACCAUGGAGACUCACCACUUCGUACCUUCUUAGCGAUCAAACCCGGUCUGCUUCAAGAUAGUGCACUUGUCUCAGCACAAACUCUGUAAGAAGAGAUCAUUAUGAUGGUUGUGUGUGUCCACUGUGCAGUAAAAGGUGAAGUCAAACCAGCUCACACCAUGUUGGCUGACCGGGCUUUUCUCACUGAGCAGGUGCUCUGCGAGUUAAACAAUUUCUGUUUGUAUCUCAGACACACAAAGCAGCUGUCCUGCGGCUACGAGGCUUCAGAGUGCUGCUGUAAUCUGUAGUUCAGAGAAGCGGUCAUUUUUAGCACAUACUAUCUGCGUGUGUUAAUACGUCUUACCGAGGUACAUUUAUAUUUAUAACACAAAUGCCUUUCACCAAACUGGUACUACAAAGAAGAAGAAGAAUACAAAUAUUUUACAUACCUAAGGAGAAUUGAAUUACCAAGAGAGAAAAAAAAAAUAUUUUUAUAAAGCUGUGAAUUUAAAAUGCAAAUAAAAUAAAAUGUGAUUAGGAGUAUGUUUUACUCCUGUUACCUAUUUCAGAGGCUUCCUAUUAGGCUGACUGAAGUGCCUUGGCCACGAGGAACAGUUACGUUGCCAAGCCAAGUUGAGCACCAGUAUUGGUGAAAGGAUAAGCAGAGCGUUUGUCUUAUUUGUGAAGGGUUGUACGCUGGCUGGCAAGAGGGCACUGGAGGGCAGCAAAGCAAAACUUUAAACAAUGACAUUAGUGUCAGGGCAAAGCCUGAGCCUGGAUUAAAUGGAUUGGGUGUUCUUUUAAAGGCAUCUAAUUUAACAGUUAGUUUGAAUGAAUGCAAUUUUGGCAAUGGGGUCAGUCUUUCUUAUGCGUUCGGACACAAACCCCAGUGAGGCCCUCCAGGCGUUCCCUAUAAUUGCCUGCUAGGUCUUCCCUGACCUCUUUACCUGUGGAGCUGAGGUUAGAGGACAAAAACAGAGUUUGGUGUCAAAUAAAUACUUUUUGUAAGCUGUUGGUUUACAUCAGUGUUCCAAAAGGUUCCUUAAACUGGACCAAUUUUAUAAAAAAAAAAAUGAUAUAUUGUCUUUGGCUUCUAUUGGAACAAUAAUAUUAUUCAGCAAUAUCUUAAACUUGUUCUAGGAGCUAAGGGCUUGUUCCUGACCAAAACAUCGCACUCUCACCACUUUUGGAAAUCUGUUCAUUACUAAAAUUAGCAGGGUUGAUCUGAGCUCUAUUUAAGAACUCCCACAUGACAGUUAAAAUCAGAAUUGAUUUUGAUUAUUAUGCUAAUCAGGUUACAGUUGGUGAAAGGGAGUUUAUUAGGGGGAAAUAAAUAAGGGCUAAUAAAUGUAUUUUGCUGUUCACAAUGUUCGGUUGAGAAGUAGCCUCAAUUCAAGAACUUCAGGCAAAGUCAAUAUGUCACUCUGCCUGCACAAAGAUUUCCAUUCCGUCCGGAUUUUGUAUUGAUUUUUGCUAUUUCGGAACCUGUUCAGUUCUAAAGAGAAGAUAAAGGAAUUGAAGUGACGCAUUUGUAAGACUUUACCUCACAAUACCCAAUGUUUGGAGUUCAUAUUGUUGUUUGUGGUCAAAAGGGUUAAACUUGAAAAGUGCCAAAAUGUCUACAUUAAAAUGUAUGAAAGUUCAAAUUAUUGGGGUGUAUUUGCACAAAACUACUGAAACUCCUGUUUUUUUCCUAAGACUUAUGCUUUUUUAUAAUCUAUGUGUUGUAUUUAUGAGAUUAAAUAAACCAUUAAAACUAUUUAUAACCCUA